CAAGAAUAAAAUUAAAGUCAGUUGUCAAUUCAAUUUUUUUUUAUUAGAUUAUUAUUUUAUGAAACAAAAUAAUUAUUUUAAUUAUCAUGUGCAUUUAUUGUAUUUCAUUGUAAUCUUAUGUAAGCUGAUUUGUAUAGAAUGUAAUUAUUGAAAUAAAAUAUUAUCUAGUCAACAAUAAUACAAAUGUUCAAUCAGCUUGGUUUUAUUCAAGAUUUAUAAAUAUGGAAAAAACUACACCUGAUCCUUUUGAUACUCCAGAGAAUAGAGGAAAAAUACAGAAAAUAUAUUAUCUUAAAUCUGAUAAUAAUAUAUGCUUUAUUAUGAAAGCAGAGAUUAAACUUGUUAUUCCUUUAAAGGGAUCAAAGGAAAAUAUUACAUCCCAUUUGGAUUCUACAACUAAAAAUAUCGAAUUUUCUGGAUUCUGUGAUUCUACUUUAACUCAUUUAUCAGUGAAAUGGAUAAAUUUAAGUCAAAAAUCUCCAUGGCUGUUAACAUUUAUUUUCAAAUUAUACGCAAAUGAUUAUUAUACAUUUGAUUCAACUAAUUUUAAUUAUGUAUUGAAUGAUGAGGAAAUUUAUUCAUCAUCAAGCGAUCAAGUAUUUUCUGUUCAAAAAGAUCAAUAUUACAAUUGUACUAAAGCAAUAAAAAUUGAACUUCACCCUUCGGACCGAAAUUAUAGUACAGUACGCUUAAUAUUCAAAAGUCUUGAAGUCGAAGCCUUUCGGGAAAGUCCUGGAACUAGUUACGUUGGCAAAGGUUAGUUUUAAUUGCACAAAAUAAUCUAAAAGUGCUUUUUAUCGAUAGUUUUCCAAUAAUCCCUUUUCUAUAGGGUAAUAAUAAGAUAGGGUUGAUCUACAAUAAUGUGACAUAUCUGUCAUAAAUUUGAAAGUUUGGCCACAUGUGUACUUGAUAUGGCAUUUAUGUAUAAAAACAAUGACCUCCGAUUAAAUAUACAUUUAGUAAACAAAGUAUUGAUUGGAAACGAAUAAUGGAAAUGUAUAAUAUGGUAUGGAAAAUAUUAUUUGUAGUCACUCUGUGACUAAGAAUAGAGAAUCAGGGUAGAAUCAAUAUUAGAGCAAUCUGUAUCCAUGGUCAUAAAGUCGUAGGAACGUUCCAUCACUCUUCUCUGUGUUUGUUUGUUCACCCAUACAUAUGAAUUGAGUAAUGCAGUGUUCUGUGAUGUAAUCUUUUACGAACAAUAUCUUGAAAACCAUACGAAAUUUAAUACAAGUAAAUGGUAUUUUAAUUUUUAAAUUCAGUUUUACGUUCCAUGUCUUCACUUUUAAAUAGAAUCGCAUUGUUCCAGUGAUGAUAACGAAAGUUUGACAUACAUCAUUGUGAGUAUAUCUAUCUUCACUAUGGCUGUGGUCAUGAUAUUCGUCUUGUGCUUAAGCAAUGAUGAAACUCAAGUAGUUGGAGUUGAUCAUUAUAGAUAAUACAAUACUUUAAAUUACUGAUCAACUUAUCGAAUGAUGAACCUGUUAUCUUAAUCCAACCAAUUUAUUUCAAUAAUUGUAUUUUAUCAGUCUGUAUUUAGACGUGUACGUUGUUUUACUUACUAAACAUUUACGUCUAGUAUCUUUCAUACGUUACAAAUUAUUCAAUUUAUAUAUAAACUUAUUGUUUGAAUCCCUGCAUUUUCGAUAUAAUGUUAUUCAGUUUAGAUAAAGCUGAAAGUUUUUUCAAAAUCAGUUACUAGUUGAUUGCUUUUUCAAAUUUCUGUGAAAUUGAAUCAGUAAUGAGUGAGAUAGUCAAAUAAUAACAGCACCGAAUGAUUUCCAUUCCAAACAAUGAAUUGUACAUUAGCGUACUGUUUGAAUGAUCUGAUACUCACAUUGUGAUAACAAUUUUUCAGCUUGAUCCAUGUAGGUUAUUAAGUGGACACAAUCGAGAAUUCUAAAGUUAGAAAGUAAGAGAGAUUCAAUUUUGCAUAGAUUUAAAUAGUCUUUCAAUUUAUAUUGAUACACG